UGCCUACGUUAAAAACCCUCCCCGCACAAAAGAAAACACAAGUACACAACAAAUUAAAGUCUCGCUUCUCUACGAAAGAAACAAAACAAAUUAUAAGCGGUAAUUAAGUUAGGGUGUGAAAGGGAGCCAUGCAGCGUUUACCCACCAAGUUGAUGAGCAAAAUCGGUGGUCCAGUGUGCGACGUGUUCAUCAACCACCGUGGGAUCGACACGAAGAGGAACGUUGCGGGGUUGUUGUACGAUAAUCUUACGAGGAUUGGAGUGAGGUCGUUCUUGGACAGCAUGAACAUGAAACCAGGGGACAGGCUUUUCCAACACAUUGAUAGAGGCAUUCUAGGAUGCAAGGUUGGUGUCGCUGUCUUCUCUCCUCGCUACUGUGACUCCUAUUUCUGCCUCCACGAGCUCGCUCUUCUCAUGGAGUCCAACAAAAGGGUCGUUCCCAUUUUCUACGACGUUAAACCCUCGCAACUCAGUGUCAAGGACAACGGAACCUGUCCUCCCUCGGACCUUCAGAGAUUCGCCUUUGCACUUGAAGACGCUAAGAACACCGUGGGAUUGACGUUUGAUUCUUUGAACGGGGAUUGGUCGGAGUUGCUAAGGAAUGCUUCGGAAGCGGUGAUCAUGAACUUGUUGGAGGUAAAGGAAGAAAGGAAGUACGCGAGGAAGCAGCGUUGAAUGCUUCAAUGUUCAUAACGUGGAUAACCACAAUAUAAAAUUUGCAUAUAUAUUUUUUUUCGGUAUAUAAAUAUGGGUUCCUAAUGAGAGACACCAUAUGCUGCAACCUUUAACAUCACUCAAUUAUGUGGCCUCAAUUCGCUUAAUAUUAGGAUUAGGCUUCAGCUCCAAAUUUUUCUUAGAGUAAAACUAUAGUCAAAUUGGCUCAACGGAACCACAACAAACUGCUCUAAGAUCAAUUCCUUUGUUGUAUCAGAAUUCUUUUAUUAUUUCAUUAUCAAUA